AUGUUACGAAUUAGCCACUUGGCAAACGUAACGAGAUUACCGCAAAACGUGAGAAAGUUUUACAUUAGAAAAUUAUUUGUCGAACCGAAAGGUUGUUCAACGCGAGUGAUUUGUCGUGUUCUAUGUUAUCAAAAACCCGUUAAAAAAUUUAACUGGGGUAAAAAUAAACCUCAUAGAAAAAUACCAUUAAAGGAAUUUUUUAAAAUGGAUCCGAAAUUGGAAGAAGUAUUAAGUCCGUUUAGAGCUGCCGUCAAAGAACAGGGAGAUUUGGUAAGAAGUUUAAAAGCACAAAAUGCCCCUGACAUAGACAUUCAAAAAGCAGUUGCUGAACUUAAAGCAAGGAAAAAGUUAUUGGAAGAUAAGGAAAUUGAACUUUCUCCAAGCGUUUCAACAUUCGAUAGAAGCAAAAUGGAGGAUUUGUUAAAAAGAAGAUUUUUUUACGAUCAGUCUUUUGCUAUAUAUGGUGGAAUAACUGGUCAAUUUGAUUUCGGUCCCAUGGGUUGUGCCUUGAAAAGUAACAUUUUGUCAACAUGGAGAAGUUUUUUCAUUUUAGAAGAACAAAUGUUGGAAGUUGAUUGUGCUAUUUUAACACCAGAACCUGUUUUAAAGACUUCUGGUCAUGUUGACAAAUUUGCCGAUUACAUGGUAAAAGAUGUCAAAACCGGUGAAUGCUUUAGACUUGAUCAUUUAAUUAAAGCUUCUUUAAAUAAAUUAUCAUCUGACAAAAAAACUCCUCAAAAUGUCAAAGAUGAGUGCGAAGAUAUUUGUGUCAAGCUGGAUGGCAUGACAAGAGAUGAAAUGGGUGCAAUAUUAAAAAAAUACAAAAUAAAAUCUCCACUAUCUGGUAAUGAUUUAACCGAACCUGUAGACUUCAGUUUAAUGUUUGAAACUUCGAUAGGUCCGACGGGUUUAACCAAAGGUUACCUUAGGCCUGAAACAGCCCAAGGUAUUUUUGUUAAUUUUAAGAGAUUGUUAGAAUUCAAUCAAGGUAAAUUACCUUUUGCCGCUGCUCAAGUCGGCCAAGCGUUCAGAAAUGAAAUCUCGCCAAGAUCAGGACUAAUAAGAGUGAGAGAAUUCACAUUAGCAGAAAUUGAAUAUUUUUGUGAUCCCUCUGAUAAAAGUUAUCCCAAAUUUCAAAACUUGGCCAACACGAUACUAAAUUUAUAUUCGGCAUGUAAUCAACUCGAUGGAAAAUCUGCCGAAAAGAUGACAAUUCAUGAUGCUGUUAAAAAUGGAGUCGUUGCGAAUGAAGCAUUGGGUUAUUUUAUGGCCAAAAUUCAAUUGUUUUUAUUGAAAGUCGGUAUCAAUCCAGAGAGAGUUAGAUUUAGGCAACACAUGAGUAACGAAAUGGCUCAUUAUGCAACUGAUUGUUGGGAUGCUGAAUGUUUGACCUCUUAUGGUUGGAUUGAAUGCGUGGGAUGUGCAGAUAGAUCAGCUUUUGACUUGACACAACACAGCAAAGCAACAGGUAUUAAAUUAAUAGCUGAAAAAAGCUUACCAGAACCCAAGACGGUGACGAUAACCGAAGUCAUUUCCAACAAGGCUUCCAUUGGAAAAGUUUUCAAAAAGGAUGCGAAAGCGAUCACGACAGCAUUGUCAUCUCUUUCACUAUUUGAAAUGGAAGAGGUUAAAAAUCAUUUAGAACAAAAAGGUUCGUACGAUUUGAAAAUUAACGGUAAUUCAUUUAAUUUACCCAAAGCCAUGAUCGAAGUUAAAACUCAGCAAAAGGUUGUUCACGUCGAAGAAAUAACACCCAACGUUAUCGAACCAUCUUUCGGAAUUGGAAGAAUCAUUUAUGCAUUAUUCGAACAAUCUUUUAAAACGAGAGAACUCGACGAGCAAAGAACGUUUCUUUCACUCCCUCCUUUGGUGGCACCCAUCAAAUGUUCCAUACUACCGUUGAGUGGAAAAGUCGAAUUUGUUCCAUUCGUUAAAAAAUUAUCCGAAGAAUUGACAAAGUUAGAUAUAUCUUACAAAGUGGACGAUUCCGCGGGAAGUAUCGGAAAACGUUACGCGAGAACAGACGAAAUCGCCAUACCUUUCGGCGUGACGAUCGAUUUCGACACGUUGCAAUCACCGCACACGGUCACGUUAAGAGAAAGGGAUUCAAUGACUCAAGUCAGAGUUCCAGUCGAGGAUAUUCCAGAUUUAGUUUCUAAUUUAUCCAAAUCGAAAAUAACGUGGAAUGAAGUGACACAAAAAUAUCCAAAAUUCGAACAACAAGAUUCAGUAAAAUCUUAG